GAAGUCCAACAUUCUUGAGGGCCUAGUGCAAGAAAUUGUUCAGUACAAACUUUAUGUUUCUGACAAAGACUUUAACACAGUUGGACAGGCACUAAUCUCAAAGCAUCCUUGCCUAACUGAGAAAGGCUCCUUCUCUGGAUAUGCUGGAUGGAAAUGCAGCUUGAAGAACAAACUGGCAAUCUACCGCACUCACCUAAGAAAGCUUGGAUGUCCUGAGGUGACAAUAAACGCUCUCAAGCACAAACCAGAGGGCAAAUCAAGCCCUGCUUUUGGAAUUAAAAAACCAAGAAGGUCUGAAGUGAACUUCUGUCCCCCGUUUCCUACUGGAGAAUCAGAGACGAGUCUUGAGAGUGUAAGAAUGGAACUUCUUUCUGAUGUUAAGAAGAAGAACAACAGGGAAGCAGUAAGGAUGAAAAUGGAAAAGACGUUUGCAUAUAGGAGACAGGAAGUGGUUCGCGACACACCAAUGAUAAGAGACUUCCAGACGAGAUGGCCAGCACUUUUUGAAGUAGACGAGAUAAAUGCUGAAUUCAAACGGAUCACAACAAUGCCCCUGCAGUCCAGAUUUCUAUCGCAAUUAGAUGUUCACUCUGAGAAACUGCUCAAACUUUUUAAAAACAGAGGAGGACAGAUUGGCAGACGCCUAGGGGGCAUCAUUGCACCCAUGGGGGAAGAUGAUGACGUGGAUCUGGGAAGAGAAUGUGUCAUAAAGGCACUCUGCGUUUACCUGAACGAGGACCCGGAGAAUCUAUUGAGAGAGUAUGUGGCAGCAGAUGAAUCCCUCCUCCAGGAAUCCAUUGAGGAAACCACUAUGGGUAUAUAUGUCUGGAAACACAGAGAUGCCAGUGAAAAACCAGAGGACAUCGGCAUUGUCCUCGAGUCCCAGGUUGUGAUGCAGGAUUUGGACAAUGUUCCCUUAGCUGCUGCCAUGCUGUUUGGCCUAAUAUAUUCUUUGAACUUAAACUACCCUGCUGAACUCAAGUAUACCUUUGAAGUGCUGCAGAAGGUGGUCAUGGAGCUUGAAGGCAGGGCACUGUCCAAAAAAGCCCAAGUCCUGAAGAACAGACUUUAUCAGUGA